UGCAAAAAAAAAGAGAGAACCGAACCGAAUCGAUCCGGAUUAAACUGAACUGAAUCAAAUGGGAUCACUUCCCAACUAGACCACUUACUGAUGCGCAAGAGGUGAGCUCGUCGGAACCGCAGUCUGCAAGUUAAAUGAGCAAUUCGUUGGAUGGACCGAGUUUGGCAUCAGCUGAGAAGAACAUGACAAAAAUAUCCUUGUCGGAGCCGUGAUAUUUGAACUAGAGAUGCAGGAACAGAUGAUGUUCAUUGUCUGGCUUGAUCGACGGUAAAAUGCGAUGGCUGUCUAAGGAAAGAGAGUAAGAAACCUCAAACCCCUCGGGAAUCUGAGCUGGGUAAAGCUCUGCUGAGGCGGGUUCGGGACAUAACUUUGUCAUAGGCCCGGGGGCUUGUAAGCCUCCGCUCGUCUGUGGAUCCCUGAACUGGCUUACGACUUCCUCAGUCGGGUCUCUUCGCAGGCGAGUGUCGAGGAUUCGGAGAAGGCCUUGUCUGGGAAUGUCGGGGUAGCAAAGGAACGGUGAGACUGGAGACGAGGGAAUAACUAUCGUGGAUAAACCAAAGGUCCUUGCUGAAAAAGACCAUUUGCUGCAGCCAUGAUGGAGGAACUGCAUAGCCUGGACCCGCGACGUCAGGAACUGCUGGAGGCUCGCUUCACCGGGGUUGGAGUUGCCAGGGGCUCGGGACAUAACGAGUCAUCCAAUCAGAGUCUUUGCAGUGUCGGCUCUCUCAGUGAUCGAGAGCUGGAGACUCCGGAAAAGAAGGCAAAUGAUCAGAGAACGCGGAAGAGGAAAGGAGACAUGUUUGACAACCAAGGGAAAGGGACACGAGGCCUCAAGAUUAGUGACUAUUUUGAAUUUGCAGGUGGCAGUGGGACUGGUACCAGUCCAGCGCGCUGUAUCCCUCCAGUGAUCCGAUCGUCCCCUCAGCACUCGCUCUCCAACCCCCCGCCAGCUAUCCAGCAAGGCAGUCCUUCAUCAUUAGGCUCGGCAAACACGGAGCACUCCUUCUGUUCACUCAAGUCCAUAAGCACCCUCUGUCAGCACAGAACAACCCAGUCUGAGCUGACCAUGGAGAAGCUGGCGGCCCUGGAGAGCAGCAAGAGCUCCGACCUGGAGAAGAAGGAGGGACGCAUCGACGACCUGCUCAGGGUAAACUGUGAUUUGAGGCGCCAGAUUGACGAGCAGCAGCGAAUGCUCGAGCGGUGUAAGGAACGGCUGAACAAGUGUGUCACCAUGAGCAAGAAGCUGCUCAUCGAGAAGUCUAAGCAGGAGAAGAUAGCGUGUCGGGAGAAGAGCAUGCAGGACCGGCUGCGCCUGGGGCACUUCACCACCGUCAGGCACGGGGCGUCCUUCACCGAGCAGUGGACUGAUGGCUACGCCUUCCAGAACCUCGUCAAGCAGCAGGAGCGGGUGAACUCCCAGAGGGAGGAGAUAGAGCGGCAGAGGAAGCAGCUGGCCAAGAGGAAGCCGCCCAGCGUCUCCCAGACACCGCCCCCAAGCCUGGAGCCCAACAAGCGCAAGAGCAAGAGCAACGGCAACGAGAACGAGAUGUUAUCGCUAGCGGAAUACCACGAGCAAGAGGAGAUUUUCAAACUUCGACUUGGCCACUUAAAGAAGGAGGAGGCGGAGAUCCAGGCAGAGCUGGAGAGGUUGGAGCGCGUACGGAACCUGCACAUCCGAGAACUGAAGCGAAUCCACAAUGAAGACAAUUCCCAGUUUAAAGACCACCCGACGUUGAACGACCGCUACCUGCUCUUACACCUACUGGGUCGAGGAGGCUUCAGUGAAGUCUACAAGGCCUUUGACCUCACAGAGCAGAGGUACGUUGCUGUGAAAAUCCACCAGCUCAACAAGAACUGGCGAGAUGAGAAAAAGGAGAACUACCACAAACAUGCCUGUCGAGAAUACCGAAUCCACAAGGAACUGGACCACCCCCGAAUAGUCAAACUAUACGAUUACUUUUCCCUGGACACAGACUCGUUCUGCACGGUGCUGGAGUUUUGCGAGGGUAACGACCUGGACUUCUACCUGAAGCAGCACAAGCUGAUGUCGGAGAAGGAGGGCCGCUCCAUCAUCAUGCAGGUGGUCAACGCACUCAAGUAUCUCAACGAGAUCCGGCCGCCCAUCAUACACUACGACCUCAAGCCAGGUAACAUCCUGCUGGUGAACGGGACGGCCUGUGGGGAGAUUAAGAUCACAGACUUUGGCCUCUCCAAGAUCAUGGACGACGACAACUACGGAGUGGACGGCAUGGAGCUGACGUCACAAGGGGCCGGGACAUACUGGUACCUGCCUCCUGAGUGUUUUGUGGUGGGAAAGGAACCGCCCAAAAUUUCUAACAAGGUUGACGUCUGGUCUGUUGGUGUCAUAUUCUACCAGUGCCUCUAUGGGAAAAAGCCGUUUGGUCACAACCAGUCUCAGCAGGAUAUCCUGCAAGAGAACACCAUUCUGAAGGCCACGGAAGUGCAGUUCCCACCCAAACCAGGCGUUACUCCAGAGGCCAAGGCGUUCAUCCGGCGCUGCCUGGUGUACCGUAAGGAGGACCGCAUCGACGUGCACCAGCUGUCCAGCGACCCCUUCCUGCUGCCCCACAUCCGCAAGUCGGUGGCCAGCACGGGCAGCAACGCCACCGCCCUCCCCUCCACCAGCAGCUCCUCCAACAGCAGCGCUUCAAACUGACAACCACGCACAUCAACAAAACGUUUCUUCUUCUGCUCCGUUUUCGCGUUUUCUGAUUGGCCACACCACCACAAGGAAAGGAGGUGGUGGGGGAUGAUUGAUGGGCGGCUGCACCGCGCCUUCACUAAUCAACGGCUCCCCCCCCCAACUUCUUCUCUGUGCUGUCCUGAGUUGAGGACCACAGCUGAAAGAGAAAGAGAGUGAGCGAAAGAAAGAGGAGGAGGAGGAGAAGGAGGAAAGGAAGGAAGAAAGAUGGAGGGAAUAGAGGGGGAAGAAGUGAAGAACGAAGGGAUGGGGAACGUCAAGAAGAGGCUGACCAGGACCCUUCCACCUCCACUUGUGCCCCUCUGUCUGGUCUUUAGGCUGGGGGGGGGUCAGCCAAUACUCUCACUCCGCCCCUGUAGAGUGCAGGGGCAUAAGGAAGAUGGAUGGAUGGAUGGGUGGAGGGAGGGAGGGAUGGACAGAUGGAGAGAUGGACGGAUGGGGAAUGGAGAGAGAAAAGAGCGCAAGAGAUUAUUCUGGCCACGAUUGAGGUAUCCUGUCUCUGAAAGAGAGAGAGAGGCAUAACAAAAGGAGACUGGCGAAUGGCAAAUGGACCGAAUCUCAGCAACUGGGGACAGACUCUGUUGUACGCCCUACACCCCGCUACACACACACGCACACGCACACACGUGAACACAAGCAUACACACAAAGACAAAUGUUCAAGCAAUGCAUACGUUUCAUCAAAACAAAAUUAAUUUUUUAAUGUAUUUGCGCUUAGUGAAUUUCCCUCCUCUUCCCAUGAAUAGUUGAGCCCAAAGUUUUUAGGUGCUACUGGAUGAUGGUUUUUUUUUUUCACUUUUUCCAGAACCUGUUGUUGACACUUUUUUCCCUGCAGUUCCAGCUGCUGGGGGUAUUCCAUGAUCCUGGCUCAGUAGUAAAUCAGGUUAAGUUUACCUUGAGGUAGUGGUAAUUUAAACAUCUAAUAGAAGAGCCCACAAUCCUGAUAUUCUUAGCUGAAUGACACCUGUGGGCUAUUUAUUAUCAGGUUGACCACUUCCUGUUGGUUAACUUGGCCAGGUUAAUCUACUUACCUAUGUUCUUGGACUGCAACUCUGGUUAUUCAGUUGUUUUUCAGUGGAACCACAUGCUGCUGGUCAUUGUUGUUCAAUAAUAAUGCUCCCCAACCCCCCCUCCUCUCAUCCCCUUGUCCCGAUCAUCUCCCCUUGACCAAAGCUGACUUUGACCACUGGGUGGCGUCGUUUCACCCCCAGACGUUUGUUGAAUAAUAGUUAAAUAAUGCUCUUCUGUCUCUUUUUUUCCUCUCUCAAAAGUCUUAAAAGUACUUUUUUUUUAUUCUUUUAGUGAAAAACUAACGGAUGGCCCAAGCCUAUAUUGGAGUUUUAAAACGAAAUUAGGUUGAAAUUUUAACCGUUUUUUAAAAUGGAGAUGAAUCUAGUUUUUUAUAUAAAUAUAUAUAAGUAUAUAUCUUGGUCUUUUACUUACAAUACGUUACUUGACUUACAAAUAUGUGCGCACGCACACCACACACUCGUGCAGACUCUCACUCAAACUGUACACACAGCACACACACACAGACCUGAGCAUACACACCAUAUUUAUUUAGGUUUCUGUUUUAAUUGAUGAUUCUGGGCUCUCGAGGAAGGGCUGCUGUAUCUGUACUGUGAGGGGGUGUAGGGCCUCAUGCAGAGAUCAUUAAAUAUUAUUGGUUACGA